AUGAGUACCAAAGAUGAUAUAGCAGUGGAAGUGGAACAAAUAAGCGAUAAAAAGCGUGAGAAGAAGAAGUUGAAAUCUAAGAAAGCAGAAGCUGAGGAGCAUGAGGAACAGCUCAAGAGGCUUCAAGAAACUCAAGCUGAUUUCUAUGAGUAUAUGAAAGAGCAUGAUGAAGAUCUUCUAAAGUUUGAUGCUAACGAGUUUAAGGAUGAUGAUGCUGAUGUUGAAGCUGGUGCUGAUACUGACUUGGAAGACAUUGAAAAGCAAGAUGUUGUUGAUUAUACCCCAAAGCUUGAAAUCCCAAAGAAGAAAGUAAACGAGCAGAAAACGAUUACAUCAGCCAUGGUUGACUCAUGGUGCAAAUCGAUCCAAGAAGACGCCAAGCUAGGCGCGGUGCGUUCGAUCUUGAGAGCUUAUAGAACCGCCUGUCACUACGGUGAUGACACAGGAGACGACCAGUCUGCAAAGUUCAGCGUGAUGUCGAGCGCUGUGUUCAACAAGAUAAUGAUAUUCGUCCUGAGUGAGAUGGAUGGGAAUCUUCGUAAGCUGUUGAGGCUUCCUGCAACUGGAGGAAUGAAAGGCAUGAUAAUGGAGGUCAUUCACACUAGGCCAUGGAAGAAUUACAACCACUUGGUCAAGUCGUAUCUCGGGAACUCGCUUCACGUUCUGAAUCAGAUGACUGACACUGGGAUGAUUGCGUUUACUCUGCGCCGGUUGAAGCACUCUGCUGUGUUUCUAGCCGCUUUCCCAAGCCUCCUUAGGAAGUAUAUUAAGGUUGCGCUUCAUUUUUGGGGAACCGGUGGUGGCGCGCUCCCUGUGGUUUCGCUGUUGUUCUUGAGAGACUUGUGCAUACGUCUUGGCACUGACUGUGUGGAUGACUGCAUCAAGGGAAUGUACAAAGCGUAUGUGUUGAAUUGCCAGUUUGUGAAUGCUGUGAAGCUUCAGCAUAUUUCAUUUCUUGGUAACUGCUUAAUCGAGCUUCUUGGCACGGAUAUCUCUGCUUCGUAUCAGCAUGCGUUUGUCUUCAUAAGGCAACUGGCAAUGAUUCUCCGUGAAGCUCUCAACACAAAAACAAAAGAAGCGUUUAGAAAAGUGUAUCAAUGGAAAUUCAUCCAUUGUCUUGAGCUUUGGACUGGAGCUGUUUGUGCCUACAGCUCUCAAUCUGAGCUUAGACCAGUUGCUUAUCCACUAGCUCAAAUCAUAUCUGGUGUAGCAAGACUUGUUCCCACUGCUCGCUAUAUUCCUCUUAGACUGAGAUGCGUUAGUAUGCUAAACCGGAUUGCUGCUUCGACUGGUACGUUUAUACCGGUCUCAAUGCUUCUUGUGGACAUGUUAGACAUGAAAGAGCUCAACAGACCUCCCACUGGUGGUAUUGGCAAAGGUGUUGAUUUACGCACACUACUCAAGGUGAGUAAACCGGCAGUGAAGACAAGAGCGUUUCAGGAGGCGUGUGUUUAUUCUGUAGUGGAAGAGCUUGUGGAGCAUAUGUCUCAGUGGAGUUAUUCCAUUGCUUUCUUUGAGCUAUCGUCUAUUCCGAUCUUAAGGCUGCGUAGCUUUUACAAAACUACUAAAGCUGAGAGGUUUAGGAAAGAGAUGAAGCAACUCAUUAGCCAGAUUGAAGCUAACUCAGAGUUUGUCAACAAGAAGAGAGCGUCUGUUAGUUUUCUACCCAAUGAGCCUGCUGCUGCAUCAUUCCUUGAGGAUGCUAAGAAGGCAGGGCAAAGCCCUUUAUCUCAGUAUGUGAAGAUAAUGCGCCAAAGAGCCAAGCAAAGAAACGACUCUCUAGUGGAAACAGAUGUUAUUGUGGGAGAGAACUCAGCGAAAUUUGGCAAAAUCGCACCAAGCAGCGAUGAGGAAGAAGAUGAAGAGGAUAGGAACGAAAAGGGUGCUGCAGCUUUCAGUUCCUCGUGGUUACCAGGAAGUGACUCCAAAGAAAAAGAGGUGGAAGAAGAGAGGACGAAACAGAAGAAAAGGAAGAGGAAGAGUAAAGCAACAGAGAAGAAGCAAGUUGAGGAAGGUGCAGGAGAAGAUGACGUUGUUGAGGAUUAUGUGUUUUCUGAUGAUGAAGAGGAAGAUCUGUUUGAGAUAGCAGGAGACAAAGAUGAUGAUGAGGAAGAUGCAGCCGACGAAAUCACAGAUACUGAGACGAAGUCAUCUAAUAAUAAGAACUCUAAGAAGACUAAGGGCACUUAUAAAACCUGGCAUAAGACUUACAAGAAGACUAAGAAGAAGAAGUCUCGAGUAGCAGCUUAG